CAUUCAAGACUGUUGCAUUCGCCCAGUCAAUGAAGCUUGUCCCAACCUACCACUUCACCAUGGCUAUUCCUCUGGCCUCCCUACUGCUCCCCCUCCUCCUCUCCACGGCCUUGGCGGAGUAUGCGCAGGACCUGCUGCGGCAAGCUGUGGGGGAGCGAGAAUGGAUCGUCGGCGUGCGGCGGCGCAUCCACGCGCACCCAGAGCUCGCGUUCCGGGAACACCGCACCAGCGCCCUCGUCCGCGAGGAGCUAGAGCGCCUUGGGAUCACCUGCCGGUCUGUCGCCGGGACUGGCGUCGUCGCGGACGUCGGCUCGGGUCUGUCCCCCAUUGUGGCCCUCCGCGCUGACAUGGACGCCCUCCCUCUUCAGGAAAUUGUUUUCUGCAAUGAUCACGUUUUGUUGGCUGUGCACCUGCGAUGUCAGGAAUUGGUGGAGUGGGAGCAUAAGAGCACAGUUGAUGGCGUGAUGCACGCCUGUGGUCAUGAUGUGCACACGGCGAUGCUCCUGGGAGCGGCUAAGUUGCUUCAUGAGCGUAAGAAUCAGCUUAAGGGGACUGUGAGACUCCUUUUUCAGCCUGCUGAGGAGGGUGGUGCUGGUGCAUCUCACAUGGUAAAAGAAGGUGUUCUCCAUGGUGUUGAGGCUAUAUUUGCCAUGCAUGUCGAUCAUCGAAUUCCGACAGGCAUAAUAGCUGCUCACGCAGGGCCAACACAAGCAGCUGUAUGCUUUUAUGUAGUGAGAAUUGAAGGUAAAUCCGGGAGGGCCGAAACCCCACACUUAAAUGCGGAUCCUAUCGCCGCUGCAGCAUUUACCAUCCUGUCCCUCCAACAGCUCACUUCGAGAGAAGACGAUCCUCUUCACAGCCAAGUGCUCUCUGUUACCUAUAUCAAAGGUGGGAAAUCUAUCGAUGUCACGCCUUCAUUUGUUGAAUUUGGCGGUACUUUGAGGAGCCUCACUACUGAAGGACUUCAUCGGCUUGAGAAAAGGCUUAAGGAGGUAGUAGAAGGGCAGGCAGCUGUGCAUAGAUGCAUGGGAGUUGCGGAGAUAUUGGGAGCUCCUGACUACCCAAUGUAUCCUGCAGUCGUGAAUGAUGAGAGACUGCAUCAUCAUGUAGAGAUUGUGGGAAGACAUUUGCUCGGUCCAGAUAAGGUGAAGCCUGGAGAGAAGAUCAUGGCAGGGGAGGAUUUUGCUUUCUACCAACAGUUGGUUCCUGGCGUUAUAUUUGGCAUUGGUAUUCGAAAUGAGAAAGCUGGUUCCAUCCACUCCCUGCACAACCCGCAUUUCUUUGUUGACGAGGAUGUCCUCCCAAUUGGAGCUGCAUUACAUACCGGUAUAGCGGAAAUGUAUCUUACUGGCCGAUCGACUCUUGAUGAAGACUAGCAGCCUGCAUUCGAUUUGAUGUUCUUUGAGAAGCAAUGGAAUGUAUAAACUUAUAUUGAGAUGCUCCAAGUCUUGUGCGGUACAAGGCUCCUGGGAGGUCAAAUUCGUACUUGAAAGCGAA